AAGUUUAUAAACUAACUCUAAAAAUAAACAAAAUAAUUGAAAACUAAUCAAAAUCAUUUUAAAUGUUGGAAUGAUUAUUUAUGAGAAUAUACCUCUUAUCACAUCUUACACAUUACUCUCCACAGCUGCAUCUAUUUAAGCUUCUCUCUAGAUCUCUGAUAUUUAUAUUUUCAUACUUACCAUUCCUGAUCAAGCCAAACUAGUUUGAUCAACAGCUAGGUAAAUCAAUCAAGCCACUUAAUCGAAUAAUGAGCCGAGGUGGGAGCUCUGGAGGCGGAAAAAGCUCGCUAGGUUAUCUUUUUCGGCCAGACAAUGAGACUCCAAAAAGUGUCCCACCAGCUGCCCCAAAGCCUACACCACCGUACGGUGUAGAUUUCACCGACGGUGACAACAAAUCUGACCAAAAGCCUACGUUGUCUGAAAACAACAACUACCCCAGAGCUCAGGGCCAAAACUCUGGCAACUUCGUCACAGCUCGUCCAACGACGAAGGUUAAAUCGGUUCCUGGUGGAGGUUCAUCGCUUGGAUACUUAUUCGGAGAUAAAUAAGGGAGUGCAAAUGAAUUUAUAAAACUAGGGUUUGUAUUGUGAUCUUGUGUGUAUUUUAUAUGUAGUAGUGAUCCCUGUCUAGAUCUCUACGUAUUUCUCAUUUAUUUGUGCGUACGGACGUGUGUUUUGAGUUUGCAGUUUAUUUUUUUUUUCAAGUUGUGGAAUAAUUGGUUUUCUGGUCAUGAACUCAUGAUUCGUGAAUUUUUAUUUGUAUGCAUUUUCAGUUUUUUUUUACAAAUAGAUUGCAUAUUGCCAUACAUUUCUGAUCAUAUGAAGUUUUUUUUGCACAAGGCAAUUCAAACUAGCUAGUAGCUAGACUUGUCGUAUGAGAUUUGUGUGUGUUUGUAUACCUGUAAAAUAUAAUUAUGAAGCCUAAACUAAAUUCAAAGUAUUUAGAGUUAUAUAGACAACUGAAUUAUCGUCAUGUACAAUGUUAGUAAACUAUCAGACCAGCAAAACAAAAUUUCAACUAUUAGAUCACAAGAAUUGUAUAAAUUUGUAAUUUAUUAAUCUUAGAAGAUAACAUGCUAUAUAUGUUUUCUUGCCGGAUUUUCUUAUCAUUUUACAAUAAUGUCAGGAAACUAAGUCCCAGAACGUUUGAAACGUUUUCAUGAAAGUAAUAUAAAUCAUUUGUUCACAAACAAAAAAAUGUGUAAGCGUUCGUUGUAAAGUCUUCAAAGAAGCAGACCGGCAACGACAGUGGUACGCCGCAUGAAUGCCAUGGAAAAAAAAUUAGAUCUGUUUGAAAAAGAUAUAUAUAUAUAUAUAUUAUUUUUUUUUUUGUCAACGAAAAGAUAUAUUUAUAUUUAUAUAAUUGGGGUAAAUAGGAAAGAAAUACAAAAUAUGCUAUUAUUUUUAUAAAAUCGUGUAAAUUUCCGUGAGUCCCGGACCUUCUCAAACCUUCCUCUUUCUUCUUUUUGAUCAACUUCUCAAACCUUCCUCUACCACUAAAAACAAAACAAAAUUCUCCAAUUCAAAACAAAGCUUGGAAGAAAACAACACGAGUAAUUGAGACUUUCAUUUCAUUUUACUCAGCUGUUGAAAUCGGUCGUAAUAAACCAUCUUAAUCUUGUAAUCUUUUAAAUUCAUUUUCAAACAGCUCAAACUAGAGAGAGAGAUCACGUAGGUCGUAAUCUCAUGCGGCGUUUUCCUGCUCUUAUAAACAAUCUCAAACCAAUCUUCCCGGCUUCGGGAUCAAACUGUAACUCGUGUAAAGUUGUGAGAACCAUAGUACCGAAAAAACCGGGGAACGAGAACAAUGGUGAAAGAGAAACAAUGAAGAAGAUUGAGGAAUCGGUAGAGCCACUGGUUGCCUUCAGUAGGCCACCACCAUUUCCACCAUUUAUUGGUCCAUUGGUCAUGUAUUCUCUUCUUCAAUCAUGGUCUAGCCGCGAUGAAGAUGGCUAGUUGCUUCGUGGAAUGUAUAUAUA